UCCCUUGCCGACUCCAGCAUUUAAGAUCUACGCAGUUUUGAUCCAGAGGCCAUGCCCGUAGCUCCCUCAUCAAUAGCAAACAUCCAUAUUCAUAAGCAGGCUUUUUCUGACUGUGAAGUAAAUAUAUUCCAUCAUUUCCCAGAGAUUCCGUCUCUGAAAAGAAGAAAAGAAAAAAACUAAGGAAGAGCAAUGGGAGUCCAAGGACUUUGGAAACUGCUGGAGUGUGCAGGAAGACCUAUAAACCCAGAAACACUGGAAGGAAAGAUUCUUGCUGUUGAUAUUAGUAUUUGGUUGAACCAAGCAGUAAAAGGAUCCAGGGAUCGUCAUGGGAAUCCUGUACAAAAUGCUCACCUUCUCACUUUGUUCCAUCGACUUUGCAAACUGUUGUUUUUUCGAAUUCGUCCUGUCUUUGUUUUUGAUGGAGAAGCACCGUUACUGAAGAGGCAAACCUUGGCUAAACGAAGACAAAGAAAGGAUAUAGCAGUCAGUGAUUCGAAGAAAACUGCAGACAAGCUCUUGAAAACUUUUCUGAAAAGACAAGCUAUCAAAACUGCUUUAACAGGCAAAAGCAAUGAAGCAUUGCCGAGUAUUACACAAGUUCGAAGAGAAGAAAUUGAUGAUAUGUAUGCACUACCUUCCUUACCAGAAGAAGAAAAAAAUAGCUCGGAGGAGGAAGAUGAAAAAGAGUGGGAAGAAAGAAUGAGUCAAAAACAAAUAUUGCAGGAAGAAUUCUUCGCAAAUCCUCAUUCUGUAGAUAUUGAAUCAGAAGACUUCAGCACCCUGCCACCAGAAGUAAAACAUGAAAUUUUAACUGACAUGAAGGAGUUUACAAAGCGAAGAAGAACGCUAUUUGAGGCAAUGCCUGAGGAGUCCACUGACUUCUCACAGUACCAACUUAGAGGCUUGCUCAAAAAAAGCAGCCUCAAUCGGCACAUAGAACAUGUGGAAAAAGAGAUGAGUCAGCAGCACUCGGGUGAAAUCCAAACCCAGUAUGAAAAUGAAGGGGGCUUUGUGAAAGAAGUGGAAACUAAGAGAGUAGUCUCUGAAGAUACAUCUCACUACAUCCUGAUCAAAGGUUUUACAAUGUUAAUUAACUUCUUGAAACCUCUGUGUAUUCAAACAAAAGAAGAUACUAGUAAAGACUUGGAAACUUCUUCUGGGCAUUCUUCAUGUACUGAACCUAAUAAAAUAUUUAAAGAAAUGCAAGCUGAUGUAAAGCCAUCUUCAUGUGAGAAGUUAGAGAAGGAGAGCAUUGGAGUCGCAGCACCACCUUCUCCCCAAACUUUGUUUGCAAUCCAGGCCGCUAUACUAGAAAGUAGUUCAGAAGAGGAGCCAGAGGAUGAAAAUAAAAGGCAGCUAAAUUUGUCCCAAACCUAUCUCUGUUCUAAAACAGAUGAAGGUAGUAUAUCGCCAAGGACACUGUAUGCUAUUCAGAAAGCUCUGAGCGCUGGUGGUGAUGAUGCAAGAACAGUUAUUCCCACUAGUGAUGAUGGAGCACAAAUGGAAAGGUCAGAGGUGAAGGAACUUCUUAUUAGUAGUUCAGAUGAGGAAGAUGAGAUUUCUAAAGUAAAAGAAGGGAGUGAACUGCUACCUUUGCCUACAGUUCAUUCAGCAAAUACAGUAAUUCUGCCAGGUGAUGAAGUAGACCAAAGAAGUCAUGGGUUAGAAAAGAAUCAGAUUGCAGCCAAAGGCAUGAGCACAACUGAUGUUAAAAAUGACUCCUCCAAAAGUACUAGAAUAAAUGAAAAAAAAGAAAUAGUGCACAUUUCAAAAAUGGAUGUAAGUUCCUUGCAAGAGGAGAGUGUGAACCUUUGCUUACAGAAACCAGUAGGUUUCCAAAUACAGACUAUGUCAGUAGCUACAACUAAUUUGGAAAAUAUAGACGUUUCCAAAAGUGGGGAAUCUGAAGAUUUACGCAAGAUGAUUCCACAAACAGAGAAGAAUCUAUCUGAGGUACAGCAUGAACUGAAACUUACCCCAGAGGUAUCAAGGUCAAAGGAGGAAAAAGAUGAAGGAAAAUUGCAACCUGAAGAAAGUGAUUCUGAUGAUAGCUUUAUUGAAGUGGACAGUGAAAACAGUAAAGAUGCUGAAUGUCAAGGUGCCCCAUUAAGAACCCUGCAUGCUUCUAUUGAAUAUAGUAGGAAGCUAGCUGAUGAACCAGCUUCUGUAGAAGAGAACAACAAUGAAGAAGAUGGUGCCAUGGAGAACGUCCAGAAAGAUUCUGAAGAAGUACAGUUGUCUAUUUCUCAGGAUCCUGAAACUAAAAAAGAUGGGGAAGAUGCAGUGGAUGAGUGGCAAGAUAUUAGUUUGGAAGAACUAGAGGUCCUGGAAAACAACCUUUCUGUUGAACAAAACAUGCUUCAGGCUGAAAAACAACAGCAGGAGCGCAUUGCUGCUACCGUAACAGGACAGAUGUUCUUGGAAAGUCAGGAACUUCUUCGUCUGUUUGGUAUUCCUUACAUAGAAGCUCCAAUGGAGGCAGAGGCUCAGUGUGCUGUUUUGGACCUUACCGAUCAAACUUCUGGAACAAUCACGGAUGACAGUGAUAUUUGGCUGUUUGGGGCACGUCAUGUUUAUAAAAAUUUCUUCAGUCAAAACAAGUAUGUAGAAUAUUAUCAGUAUGUGGACUUUCAAAAUCAACUAGGGUUAGAUCGAAGCAGGCUAAUUAAUUUGGCCUACCUGCUUGGAAGUGAUUACACCGAAGGGAUCCCAAAUGUUGGCUGUGUAACAGCAAUGGAGAUUUUAAAUGAAUUUCCUGGGCAUGGAAUGGAGCCUCUCUUAAAAUUCACUGAGUGGUGGACUGAAGCUCAGAAGAAUAAGAAAAUAAGACCCAAUCCACAUGAUACCAAAGUAAAGAAAAAAUUACGGCUGCUGCAGCUUUUUUCUGGCUUCCCAAAUCCAGCAGUCGCAGAAGCUUAUUGGAGACCUGUGGUGGAUGAAAGAAAAGGAUCAUUUAUCUGGGGAAGGCCUGAUGUAGAAGAAAUCAGAGAAUUCUGCCAGAAUCAUUUUGGCUGGACUAAAACAAAGACAGAUGAAGUCUUGUUGCCCAUAGUAAAACAGCUGAACUCACAACAGACUCAACUUCGAAUUGAUUCAUUCUUCAGGCUAGCACAACAUGAAAAAAGGGCUAUUAGGAGCCAGAGACUUCGUAGAGCUGUGACUUGUAUGCAAAGAAAGGAAAAAGAAGAGGAGGAGGAUGAAGUUCAAAAGGCUACUGCUGUUAUGGAAGGAAAACUGAAAAAACCUGAGAAAAGAAAAGAAAAUAUGCUUAUACAGUGCACAAAUGAUCAAGGUACCACAGUACAAAGCAAAAAUGGAAAAAGGAAAAAAGUUUCAAAAUCCAAAGAGGAGAAUUUCUAUGGAGGUGGUUUUGUUGGGAAUGUACAACUCUCAGAAUCAUCCAGUGGGUCUUCAGUGGAGGAAUUAGAAAAUAAGGUUGUAAGUAAGAGCAAAAGAAAGAAAACUGCUAAGGAGUCAAACAUGAAGAAAAAUGCUGCAAAACCAGAGCAUAGUAAAGAGGAAGAGAACAGUAGUUCAAGUGGUGAGGAUGGAAAAGAAGAAAACAUAGUCAUGGUGACUGCCAAAUCUGUGUUUGAAGACAAAAAAAGAAAAUCGCAGUGUGUGAGAGGCAGAAAAAAGGCCAAGUAUUAACCAUGUAUAUGUUGUUUUAUGAUCAUGUCUGACUUUAAAUAUCUAAUGAAUUUUCUGCUGGAAAAAAUAAACCUAAAUUAUCUUCUGUUA